ACUCGGUCAUCCUUCCCACUCAGACUGUGGGGAGGGAUUCACUCGAUCAUCUGACCAACUGGCAUGCCCGUUAUUUUGCAGAGGGUAGAUGCCAUUCAUCUGCUCAGACAGUGGCAAUGGAUUCACGCGGACAUUUCAACUGAAGGUGCAUCAGCAAGUUCACACUAGGACAAGGCCAUUCACCUAUUCUGUGUGUGAGAAGGGAUUUAAUCAGCGUUCCCACCUGUGGACACACCAGUCAGUUCACACUGGGCAGAAGUUGCUCAUCUGUUGAAUUUGUGGGGAAAGAUUCACUCGGUCAUCUGACAUAAUGGCUCAACAGCGAGUUCACACUGGGGAGAGGCCAUUCACCUGCUUGGACUGUGGGAAAGGAUUCACUCAGUCAUCAGCACUGAAGGUACACCAGCGAGUUCACACUGGGGAGCGGCCGUUCACCUGUUCGGACUGCGGGAAGGGAUUCAGUUGCUCAUUUAAACUGAAGGUACAUCAACGAGUUCACACUGGAGAGACGCCAUUCACGUGCUCAGACUGUGGGAAGCGAUUCACUCGGUCAUCUCACCUAAUGUCUCACCUGCGAGUUCACACUGGGGAGAGGCCAUUCACCUGCUCAUACCGUGGGGAAUCAUUCACUUGUUCAUCUGACCUAAUGUCUCACCAGCGAGUUCACACUGGAGAGAGGCCGUUCGCUUGCUCAGACUGUGGGAAGGGAUUCACUCAGUCAUCUCAUCUGAAGAUACAUCAGAGAGUUCACACUGGAGAGAGGCCAUUCACCUGUUCAGACUGUGGGAAAGGAUUCACUCGGUCAUCUAAACUGAAGGUACAUCAGAGAGUUCACACUGGAGAGAGGCCGUACACAUGCUCAGACUGUGGGAAAGGAUUCACACAGUCAUCCUCCCUAAUUGCACACCAGCGAGUACACACUGGAGAGCGGCCGUUCACCUGCUUGGACUGUGGGAAGAGAUUCACUCGGUCAUCCCAUCUGAAGAUACAUCAGCGAGUUCACACUGGAGAGAGGCUGUUCACCUGCUCAGACUGUGGGAAGGGAUUCACUCUGUCAUCCACCCUAAUGACACACCAGGUAGUUCACACUGGGGAGCGGCCGUUCACUUGCUUGGACUGUGGGAAGGGAUUCACUCGGUCAUCUGACCUGAAGAUACAUCAGCGAGUUCACACUGGAGAGAGGCCGUUCACCUGCUCAGACUGUGGGAAGGGAUUCACUCGGUCAUCUCAACUGCGGAGACAC